AUUCUCUCCUUAGAGGAGCGCCAUGGGUAAGACAAGAAGUGCGGAUGGGCGGGAAGGUCGGGCUGCAGAGGAAGUAGGGUACUAGAAUCCUUGGAGGGCAAGUGAUCUCAAAAAAAUAUUAAAAUGCCUAACAGCGAGGAGCCAUUAAGCAAGCCUCGCAAACCUGGGGUACAGUCCUCGGGGGCUCAAUGGAAGAAAUCCCCACGCAUGCCAAAAUGUUCUCGUUGCAGAAACCACGGCUAUUCGUCGCUACUAAAGGGGCACAAGCGUUUCUGUAUGUGGCGGGAAUGUCAAUGUAAAAAGUGCAGUCUUAUUGCGGAGAGACAGCGGGUAAUGGCGGCCCAGGUUGCGUUACGCAGACAACAAGCCCAAGAAGAGGAGCUAGGACUAAGCCACCCUAUUCCUCUACCCAGUGCCAGUGAUCUGCUUGUCAAAAGGGAGCAGAGCAGAAAUUCCUGCCUUCUGCUGGAAAACAAUUGCGGCCAGACGACUAGUACCACUGCUGGAGUGACCACACCCACCCUCUCAGAGAGCAAAAUGCAUGUUCAGGAUAUGCCAUCUAUCCCCACCAGGGGGCACAUGGAGAACACAUCUGACUUUAUGGUUGACCCAGCUUAUUAUGGCAACUUUUACCAACCUUCCCUGUAUCCAUAUUACAACAACCUCUACAAUUAUUCUUCUUACCAAAUGGCCAUGAGUGGUGAACCAUCUGGUGCCAGUGACAUAGGCGGAUCCUCAGUGAAGAAUAGUAUGAGAAACUUCUCGGCUGCUUAUGUUCCAGGACAAGCUGGAAACCAAUGGCAGAUGAAAAGUGCUGACAACCGGUUGGCAGGACACAGUACAAGCUCACAGUACAGAAUGCAUUCUUACUAUCCUCCAUACCUGGGGCAGGGUGUGCCCACUCCUGCCUGUGUUCCACCAUUCUUUACAUUUGAGGAAAACCCAAAUUUCUCAGAGGUCAAGUCAAGUGCUGUUUUUUCGCCACCCAGCAGCCAGGAUUCUGGAUUGGUUUCUUUGUCCAGCAGCUCUCCAAUCAGCAAUGAAAGCACCAAAGGUGUAGCAGAGUGUGAAGCUCCCACUGAUGCCUCCACCUACACAGUAACAAGCAUGGCUGAUGACACCAAGAUCUGAUGUAACCACAUGCUGAAACCAUCUUUGCAGUAACGGUCUAGCCAUACAAGUUAGGUCUACUAUAGAGUUAUAUGUAAAUACUAAGCAGGGCAGUUCCCCCCCUUAUGAUUCAUCCCCUUACAAAUGUUAAGACAAUUUUAUGAUCUGCAUGGCAUAAGCCACUUUAUCUUAGCAUCACAGGUUUUCCCAUGGUUGACACGUAUAAUAAUUUUAAGGUUGGCAAAACAGGAACCCUUUUAGUUUCGGUUAAGAGUCCAGUAACUCAGCACUAACAUUUUCAUAAUGAUUUGACAGUUUGAGCAGUACCCCAACAACUGAACAUUACUCAAUCUUCCUGCCCUGAUUACGGUGUGUUAUCUUCUUUCAUUGAUAAAAAAAGAAAUGAAUGCUUAGCAAAUAAUAAUUUCCACUUGUGGUUUCAUGCAUUCUAAUUGAUGGUUUAAUAAGGAAGCAAUUUACCCAAGUGCGUGUUCAUUUCACAUACUCAGCUUCCCUGGAAAUCCCAAAUGGUUUAAAGUAAAACUCCAAGCAACCUGCUAAUACACAGUUGUAAUACAUAUUUAAUAAUUGUUUUACCUGCCAAAGGAUUUGAAAUUCUGGUGAACCAUUCAUGUGACUCAGAUACCUUAGCCCAGUGAUGGCAAACCUUGACACCCCAGAUGCACUCUGCAGUGUAGUUGAGCAUCAUGGGAAAUGUAGUUCCAAAACAUCUGGGGUGCCAAGGUUCGCCAUCACUGCAGGCUUAGCCACACUGUAAAGCCAGAAAGUUCACUUUCGUUUUUCCUAGUUUAGGAAAACAAAACCAAGAUAAUGCCACUCCAGGUGAGUAAUUGACUCAUAUGUGUUGUGAGCAUAGAUCAAGGGUGCCGCACAGCUCGUCUUGUGAGACCAAGUGAAAAUGCAUUUUUCUGCACUCCUCGGAAGUAUUAAAAUGACAUUUCAUGUAUGGCAGGAACACAAAAAAUAUUUUUUUUGUGCUAAAUACAGUGCUUACUCAAGCCAUACAAGUGAUGCCGUUUUAAUACUUUAAUAAAGAUAUAGCGGAGUGCAGCAAAAUUGCGGACUUUUGCAUUUUCGCUAAGUUCAGCUUUACAGUUUCUGAGGUCAGUUCCCUGCUCAUAUAACAAAGCUGCUGAUAAAGUCCAUACAGUGUCCAAUGAACAGGGUAGAGGCAGAGGAGUUACUAGAAAGCUGCAUUACUGAGCCAGAAAAUUGAUGCAUCACCCGUGUGACGGUGCAGCUUGACAGAUGUGUGUAAAUCACAAGAAUGGUCACAAUUCUAAAUCCUUUUGAAGGUAUAUGCACUUCAAAUGUACUUAGCUGUUUGCUGGGAGAUCUACCUAAACACCACGGAAGCUAAUUGGGUGUUAGACAUGAGCACAGCCCAAUACAGGUUACUGGCCCAGAUAUAAUCAACUUUACUAAGUGUAAAGCUAUAACAAAAUUAGUGCAAAACCACGCUAGGUCGUGGGUAAUAUAAAAAAAAAAUAAGCAGCUUGCAAAAAAAACCUGUGAUACCAGUUCCUAAUAUAAAUAAACAAAAAAGCAGCGCUACGAAGUAUGAGUUCAUAUAAGCCCAACAAAUAACUGUAAAUAAAGUGCAAUCACUUAAAAAAUGUACUUAUCAAAAUAUACAGUACAAAGCAAUAAAUCUUCAAAAUAUAAAGUGCAGAGAAAUGAAUGAUCAAAAUAUAAAUUUCCCCUUUUCUUGCACACGUGACAUCCCUUGGAGGAUUACACACUUUGGAUGUUCUGUGAUAGGACUUUGUUGAUUCCUUAAUGGACUAUAUACACAUAUUUUUGAAUGAUGUAAUACAUUUUUGCUAUAUGGACUUAUUUAUGCACUAUUAGUUGCACCUUUGCACUUUGUUUAUUUAUUUCUCUGCACUUUAUAUUUUGAAUUUUAUUUUGCUUUGCACUGUAUAUUUUGAUAAAUACAUUUUUUAAAUGAUUGCAAUUUUUCACCUUAUUUAGUUAUUUGUUGGGAUCAUAUGCACUCGUUCUUUGUAGCACUGCUUUUUUUUUUAUUUAACUUUACUAAGUGCCUAAAGUGUUACAUGUUUUAGACAGACAAAUGAGUUGAAUAUAAAAUGUAAUGAAUGUUUCAUAUUAUGCGUUGACAUGUUUUAAUACUGUAUGAAUAUUUUUGCUGCAUGUGGUUAUCAGCAACUUUGUUCUUGUUCUUCUCCAUGUACCAAGACAAUGAAAACCAAGCUAGAUUAUUGCAGAGUACUUUACAAGGUUGAUUAAAAAUAAAAGUGGACGUCUGCUG